AUGGCAAUUCUUUGUUCGCAAAACCCUACAGUUCUUCUUCAACAACAGCUUAACACUCGUUAUAUAACAAUGCCAAACGUUCUUGUCGUUUCUAACAGAAUUCCUGUCACAAUUACCGAAAACCAGAAGCCAGAGGGCGAUGUAAAUCCUGAGAGUGGCAACACCUACAGUUAUCAGAUGUCCUCUGGUGGACUUGUCACGGCCUUGCAAGGAUUGAAAACCCCCUUUCAAUGGUUCGGAUGGCCAGGUAUUAGCGUCAACAGUGAUAGGGACAAACGCACCAUUGAGUCCAACUUAAAGGAGCAAUUCAACUGUUAUCCUGUGUGGUUAUCUGAAGAAAUUGCAGACUUACAUUACAAUGGAUUCUCCAAUUCUAUUUUGUGGCCUUUGUUCCAUUACCAUCCUGGUGAGAUGAACUUCGAUGAGGUUGCCUGGGCUGCCUACAUUGAAGCAAACAAGCUAUUUACUGAAGAAAUUAUUGAGAGAGUUCAGGACGAUGAUAUUGUCUGGAUUCAUGAUUAUCAUCUCAUGCUGGUUCCUUCUAUUUUGAAGGAAAAGUUGAAGCUGUCAAAUAAGAAGAAUGUGAAAAUUGGAUUCUUCCUUCACACCCCAUUCCCAUCUAGUGAAAUUUACAGGAUCUUACCUGUAAGAGCGGAAAUUCUACAAGGAUUAUUAGGUUGUGACUUGAUUGGAUUCCACACAUACGAUUAUGCUAGACAUUUCCUUUCGUCGGUUAAAAGGAUCUUGAAAUUGCCAACUAGUCCCCAGGGAAUUCGUUAUGACGAUAGAGAUAUUACUGUUGGCGCUUACCCUAUAGGUAUCGAUGUAGAUAAAUUUUUGAAUGGACUCAAGAAAGACUCUGUAAAGGAUAGGAUCCAACAGUUGAAGACUAAAUUUGGUCCUGACUGUAAGUUGAUUGUUGGUGUCGACAGAUUAGACUAUAUCAAGGGAGUGCCACAAAAAUUACAUGCUUUUGAGGUGUUUCUUGAAACGCAUCCUGAGUGGAUUGGCAAGGUUAUUUUAGUCCAGGUUGCCGUUCCUUCGAGGGGUGAUGUCGAAGAGUAUCAAAAUCUCAGAGCCAACGUAAAUGAGUUGAUUGGUCGAAUAAACGGAAGGUUUGGUACCAUUGAAUUUGUUCCUAUCCAUUUCCUGCAUAAAUCCGUCAGUUUUGAGGAAUUGAUUUCUCUUUACGCUGUUAGUGACAUCUGUUUAGUCUCUUCAACAAGAGAUGGUAUGAACUUGGUCAGUUAUGAAUACAUUGCAUGUCAACAAGCAAAUAAGGGUACGCUUAUUCUCUCUGAGUUUGCUGGUGCUGCCCAAUCUUUGAAUGGUGCUGUGAUUGUUAACCCUUGGAACAUCGAAGAGCUGGCUGAAGCUAUCCAUGAAGGGUUGACAAUCUCCGAGGAGAAGAAAGCAGGUAAUUUCCGUAACAUGUUCCGUUACAUCUCUAAGUACACAGCCAGCUAUUGGGGUGAAAACUUUGUCAAAGAACUCUCUAGAUGCAAGUAG